GUUCAAUAUCAUCAAAUGUUAUAGAAGUAAUAAUUAUACAUUUUAGAUUGUGUUGUGUAGUGUACUAGUGUGUACUACACUCAUACUAUUUUACAUUUUAAUAUUUAUUAUUAUUUAUUUUCAUGAAUACAAGUAAUACAACCAUUUUCUUCUAAGAAAUGUUUCAAAUUAUUUCCUAGUGGACUGGUGUCGUAGAAAGUCUAACAACAUGGUGUACGUAGUGUUAAUUGAACAUACAUAAAAUAGCGUUCAGAAGCCCGUGAUUCUACGAUGGAGCAGAAAAACAGUAUGUUAGGUGUCGAAGAUAUUGUGUUUAUGCUUCUUGAAACAUUAAAGUCUAAUGGCACAUUUGAUGAAAUCCGUAGACAUUGUGUUACUGAUAUAGAUGCUAAGCCGACUUACCAAAACUGGAAACAGCGAAUAGAAUCAAAUGUCCACGAAUUUUUAAGUAAAGUAAAUUAUACUCCUGAAUUAAAUAAAAACACUGUUCGGGAACGCCUUCGAAAAAAUUUACUUGAUGGACAUGAGACUCAAGAUAUUGAAGAAGGAGCUGAUAGAAUACUUACUCAAGUACUUGCGCCUCGUACACUAUGUGUGUUCGAACCUAAAAUAGCAAUUGCUGUUGAUGAAUACUUGGGAAUCAAAAAUGAAGCUCCUCCAAUUGAACUUAAUGGUGCUGAUACCAUAGCUUGUGAUAAAACACAAAAAGAUGAUUCAAAAGAUUUAAGAUCAGACGUAAAAAAAAAAUCUUCUAGUCUUUGUAAAGAGCCCAAAUCAUUGAAUGGCAAUCAAAGUGAUGGUGAAAAUGAUACUGGAGAAUGUUUAAAACAAAAAAUUAGUCAACACAAAACUAAAACUUCUACAUCUGACAAAUCAAAAACUUCCUUUUGUAAUCAUAAAAGUAAUACAAAAGAUAAUAUUUGUAAAAACGUUGUUGCUAAAUCUAAAGAUAUCAAUAAUAAGGCUAACAAUAUUAUUUAUAAGCCUAAAGUUAAUGGUACUAAGUCCAAGGAAUUUAUCGACAAACCUAAAGGAGUAAUUACUAAACCUAAAGAUGUUAUUGACAAAUCUAAAGAAGUAAUUAAUAAACCUAAAAAUGUUAUUGACAAAUCUAAAGACUUUAGUAAACCUAAAGAUAUCGUUGAGAAAUCAAAAAAUAUUAUUAAUAAGACUAAAGACAUGGUUGAUAAAUCUAAGGACAAACUAUUUUUGUCAAAGAAUUCUAAUUCUAAUAGUUCAAGUCAUAAAAAAAACCGAACAGAUACGAAAAGAAUGAAACAUUCAGUUGAAGAAAAAAAAAAAUUGUCUAGUUUUUGUAAAGAACCUAAAUUAUUGAAUAGUAAUCGAAGUGAUGAUGAAAGUAAUGCUGGAGGAUCUUCAAAACAAGAAAGUACUAUAUGUAAAAAUAAAAGUUCUUCAACUGACAAAACUAAGUCAUCAUCUAGUCAUCAUAAAAGUAGUAGAAAAGAUAAUACUAGUACAAUUGUUAAGAAGUCUAAACAUAAAAAUUGCUCAAGCCAUAAAAGCAACUGUAAUGGCUCUAAAAGGCUUAAACUUUCUCAACCAAAAACAAAUAAAUUAUUUAUAAAUAAUGAAAUAAUUGAAGAAAGUAAAUCAGAAAAACUAGAAGAACCAGAGUGGAAUGAUUUUCGAAGUUCUAGUAUAACAAAUGAUGAACAAGAUGCAGCAAAUGUUUUAUUAUCAAUGAGUACAAUUUCUUAUGAAAGUUCUCAUAGUGAAAUCAUAACAGAAAAAAUACUUUUUAUAGAAAAUUCUCCUCCGAUUACUGAAACAUUGAAAACACAUAAAAUAGAAAAUGAAUUAAAAAAAGAAAAUAUUGAUCAAACAAAAAUUCUACCAUCUAGUAAUAACAAUGAUAUUAAAGAAAACUCUAAAUUAAAACCAAUUAAUUCAGAAAAAUCACUAUUAUCAAAAAAUUUUCUAAAAGGUGUACCAACUGUACCAAGUCAUUUGUUUGAGAAAGAAUGUUCUGUUAAUCUCAAAAGAUAUUUAUGUAAAAAUAUAAAUAUUCAAAGUUGUCCUUCAAAUAAUGUUGAAAUAACUAAUGAACAUCAAAAAUCAGAUGAAAUAGUAAUGGAUGAAAAAGAAUUAAAAACAUUAAAUGUUGAAGUAAAUUUGGAUCCAAAUGAAAAUUAUAAAACUAAUGAAUGUAAUCCUAAUGCUAUUUUAAAAGUACCAAAACUAAAAAUAAAACUAUUGGCAAAUCAAAUUGAUUCCUUAAAUAAAUGUAAGAGAAAAAAACAUCAUAAAGAUAAAUCUAAAAAAUUGAAACUUUCAAAAUCACUGGAUAUUCCUAGUGAGGAUAGUGUAUCAAAAAAUAUAAUGUUUGAAAAAUUAGACCAAAAAUGUAAUAAUAAUACAGAAGUGAAAAUGAAUGAUUCAGCAAGUACUUUAUCCAAACAAACAUCAUAUAAGGAAAUAGAAAAUAAUAGUGUAGUAGUAUUGGAUGAUGAUAAAUCACAUUGUUCUUUUAAAGGAUUUUCUGAAGCAGAAACUUUCCCAUGCAAAAACUAUAAAAUACUAAGAAGUGUGAUCAAAGCCUUACAAGCAAAGAUUCAUGAACAUGAUGUAAUUAAUGAUGGAUUCAUAGGUUUUACUAAUGUAGAAACACACCCGUGUAAACAUCGAGAUAUUGUUUAUGCAGAGCUUAUUAAGUUGAAAGAUAGUAUAUCCAGUACAGACUUCGACUUCAUUGGAUUCUCUGAAGAAGAAACUCAAAUAAGUAAUGGACAUAAAUAUGUUAUACAACAGCUUGAACUCGCAAAGAAGCAAUUUGGUAGCAAUAAAAAGAAAUAUAAUGGAAAAAUAUUUAAUGAAGUUGUGAGAGCAUAUUUAUAUGAAAGCCACAAUGAUAGUGAUGCAACAUCAAGAGCCAUCUAUAGUAAAUCAAUUAAUGAUGAUAAAAAAGAUUGUACUACUGAAAAUAAUAUUAAUAACAAGCAUGACAAUUGGGUUGUUGAACAAGAAAUUAAGUAUAAGCUUUUACCUGUUAAAGUAAUACUUGAAAGACUAGGAAGAAUGGAUUAUGGUUGUAGUAGUUCUAAACAUGUGUCUGACUCUUCACAUGUACCCAUAUAAUUAACAGUAAAAAACAAUAUUUAUAACAAGAACCAUGUCUUCGAUUUAUUCUUCAAAAAUAUUUGAUGAAAGGUUUGAAAUAUCUUUAAAAAAAUACUGUCAUUUGUAUAAAAUAAUAAAUUGUAAUUAGUAACUAACCUGACAUUUUUACAAUAUUUAAAAUUAUUAAUUUUAUCUUUGUAAAACAUAAAUAACUUAAAUUAGUUGAAGAGGAUUAAAAAUUUUAUUUCUACAAUAUUUAUGUAUUCAAAUUCAUAGACCUUUUAAACCAUCUAUAUAAUUAUUUCCUAUAGUCAAAGUCAAUUAUUUUUUCUGAAUGCUGAUUAUUAUUGAUUUUCGGUAUCAUCUAUGUAUGAUUUAAACAUCACAUUCACUGAAUUGCUUCAAUUCUCCCCAUUAUUUAAAAUUGUUUAUAAUUCCUAGAUCUAUUUUAUAUGCCUCUAGUCUAAAAAUGUAAUUCAAAGAGGUGAUAAAUAUCUUGGUGCAUUUGGUUCUGUAUCUAAGUAUUAUAUUCUACAAACUGUGGUGAUACUGUAUCACCAAUGCUUAUUAUGGGAAUUGGCUGAUCAAUUUAAAAGAUUGUGUGAAAAUACCUAUUUAAAUUCUCCGCAAUAUUUUUACCAUACAGCAGCCAUUAAAUAGCUCUAUAGAACAAGAAUAAACACACAUAUGACUAAAACUAUGAGCUAAAUAAUAUAUGUAAUGUAAAAUAAUUUUAUAUCUAUGCCUUCUCGCUUUUUGUUUAAUUAUUUACUUUCUAUUCAUUGUACAAUUAAAUAUACUACAAACUUUGUAUAUAAUUAUAUAAUAAAAUAUUUCUUUAAUUUUUUUGUUAACUUAAUUAGUGACGUAUCAUUUUUUUUUUUUAAUUUUAUUAUAUUGUAAAAAAUUUUAAUUGUAUUUA